AUGGAAAUAUCAGAGCCAACGAAAGUAAUUUUCUACAUGAGCCGAUUAUUCGGUCUCGCACCUUACCGGAUAAAGCGUACAUCCAAAGGCCAAAUAGUAGAUUUUCGGCGCAAUAUAUUUCUCGUGCUUUACAGUUUAUUCCUGGUGUUCUGUUUAGCUGGGCUUACAUACAAGGGAAUCUUUUUCGACGUAACAUCGAAAAAGCCUAUACGAAUGAAAACUGCAACGUCUAAAGUGGUCACCAUUUUGGAUGUAUCGGUUGUAGUUUCUGCGUGCAUUUGCGGUACACUCAGUGGAUUAUUAGGCCAUCGCUUUGUUCUGGAACUAAAUCAACGAUUAACUGAGAUUGAUGAUAUUCUUGAUCUUUAUAAAAAAAAUCCUAUUUGUUCCAGAGAAAAACAAAAGGGUAUUGUAAUGCUAAGUCUAGUCAGCUUCAUCAUAAUCGGGGCACUCUCUUUAGACAUAUGGGUAUGGUAUAGAAUAGCGGACAAGAUCAAAAAUGAGUACAAUGAUUCGAGUACGAAUGUUUUGGGAUACAUUCCAUUCUACUGCUUAUACUUCAUACUAAUGAUGUUCCACGUCCAGUUUGCGCAAGCUGCUCUGGGUAUCGCCAGUCGAUAUCGUGAAUUAAACAUAAUUCUACUGGAGAUGAUAUCUGAAUUUGACAGAACUACUCAAGCAGAAGUCUCUCAAAUAUCCAUCAUCAAUCGUAAUUUAAGGGAAACCGUAUCAACUAUAGACUAUUCCACCGAAACUGGCGUUAAAAAUGUACUGCAUGGAUUUCAUAAACAUCGCAAAUAUGCAGCAUGUCGGAUAAUUACAGAUCUUGCAACAAUACACGCCUCGCUUUCGUAUGCCAUUGUUCUCGUUUCAAAAACGUUUGGAAUUGCAUUGCUUGCAGUGUUAGGUUCUUGCCUGCUGCAUUUAGUAGCUACUUCAUAUUUCUUGAUGGUGGAACUUGUUGGGGAUAAAGAUGCGGUAUUUGCAUGGAUUCAGGCACUUUGGUUGUUCAUUCAUAUGUUUAGGUUCUUGCUCACGAUAGAACCAUGCCAUAUUACAAAUGCUGAGAGUCAGAGAACUAUAAUCAUCAUCAACAGUCUGAGGCGUUUGUAUAAUGAACCCGACGUAGCGGAAAGUAUUAAUAUAUUUUGGCAACAGCUGGUUGGAACCAGUUUUUCUUUUUCGGCUUGUGGAUUGUGCACAAUCGACAGACAUAUAAUAACUUCGUAUUGUGGAGCAAUAGCGACUUACCUGGUCAUUUUAAUACAAUUCAAAGAAGCCGACGAUCAUGUCACAAUCUCUGGAAAAGCUGCUAUCUAA